CUUGGAGAGAUUGUGUUAAAAAGACACGGUAUCGUCACCGGAGAAAGGAGUGCUGGACCAGCUUCAAUCGCUUUCCCAUCGACGUGUCACAAUGGCCAAAGCAACAAAGGCCAAAGCGGCCAAAGCAACAAAAGCUGCCGCGGAGCAGCCUCACGGCUACGAGUUUGGAGGACCGCUCGGUGCUUUUGGCGUCUCCUUUGGUCUACCUGUUCUCGUCUACCUCUUCACCUUUGCCUGCAACGACAUCUCGGGCUGUCCCGCCCCCUCGUUCCUAAGCCCCAAGACUCUAUCAAUUGACCGGCUGAAGCUCGAGGUUGGCUGGCCCGAGGAUGGCAUCUGGGGAUUGGCUAGCUGGAAGGCAUCUGGCGCUUUGGCGGCCUACUACCUUCUCAACCUGAUUCUGCACGCGAUUCUCCCUGCUGCUGAGGUGGAUGGCACUGUUCUGCGAUCUGGUGGACGCCUCAAAUACAGGUUAAACACCUUCUACUCCAACAUGGCGACUCUCGCUGCGCUUGCCGCCGGAACCAUCGCUCAAGGCGCAGAGUUCCCCGUCUGGACCUUCAUCAGUGAUAACUACGUCCAGCUUCUGACUGCGAGCACUCUCCUCUCGUACGGCUUGGCCACCUUUGUCUAUGUCCGAAGCUUCAGCGUCAAGACAGGUAAUAAAAACAACCGCGAGCUGGCUGCUGGUGGACACACGGGAAACAUUCUGUACGACUGGUUCAUCGGACGCGAACUUAACCCUCGCGUCACGAUCCCACUUAUUGGAGAGGUCGAUCUGAAGGAGUGGUGCGAGCUUCGACCGGGCAUGAUGGGAUGGAUCAUCUUGAACUGCUCUUGGUGCGCUCAGCAGUACCGCAACUAUGGCUAUGUCACAGACAGCGUUGUCUGCAUUACCGUCGUGCAGGCCUUGUACAUUAUCGACUCGUGGGUGCACGAGCCAGCCGUCUUGACGACCAUGGACAUCACCACUGAUGGCUUCGGCAUGAUGCUGUCAUUCGGAGACCUCGUCUGGGUUCCAUUCACUUACUCCCUUCAGACUCGAUACUUGUCGGUCUAUCCUCGCUCGCUCGGUCCCACUGGGCUCAUCAGCGCUGGUUCUCUCAUCCUCAUUGGCUUCUACAUCUUCCGAUCCGCCAACAACCAGAAGAACGCCUUCCGCACCAACCCCAGCGACCCAAGCGUUGCCCAUCUCAAGUACAUCGAAACCAAGACCGGUAGCAAGCUUCUCACCUCGGGUUGGUGGGGUAUCGCCCGCCAUAUUAAUUAUUUUGGCGAUUGGAUCCAGGCUUGGCCAUACUGCCUGCCCACAGGCAUCGCCGGAUACCAAAUCCUUGCCGCUGGUGCGUCCUCGGCCGAAGAGGCCUUUGUCAUGGCCGAUGGCCGACAAGUGGUUCAAGGCGAAGCCAAGGGCUGGGGCAUGCUUAUUACCUACUUCUAUAUCGUGUAUUUCGGAGUCCUCCUAAUCCAUCGUGACGGAAGGGAUGACCUCAAGUGCUACCGCAAGUAUGGUGAGGACUGGAGCAAGUACAAGAAGAUUGUACGAUGGAGGAUUAUUCCUGGCAUAUACUAGGCGGUGAUUGAUGGUCAGCUGAAUCUCUAGCUCGAAUGGAAGGAUUUUGUCGCUUCCCUUUACCGAGAGAACCACCGAAGCAACAAAAGAUCCUGAUUUGGAUAGAGGUGCAGGUUGGAUGUUGGUUUAUACAGUACAUGGUGGGAGAUGCGACGGGGCUGUCAGUGGCGCCAUGGCGUCUGCAGCCACACACGGAAGCCAUUCGGCGUUUCUUGUCAAAUAUUAGAGGAGAAGAACAAUAGUCUAGAAGUAUUGUAGUCCCAAAUGGACAUGUCACUGC